AUGCCGGGCUUCUCUCACACCCACUCUCUCUUCACACCCAUUCUGGCGGCCGCCAUCACCUCACAGUGGGAUGAGAAACACCAAACCGGAUCAACAUAUCUCCGACAUCCCUUUUUCACGCACACCAACACCCUCCUCACCACACGGUUCCUCUUGCAAGCGCUCAAGUGCAAGCAGACCAAUGGCCUACAUCUACCCGGAUGCUCAAGCUACCGCUAUGAACAUCAUCUCGGCUGCGGUUCCGAGGCCUUCGUGUACCAGUGCGGCACGCACGCGCUCAAGGCGCCCAAGAUCCUGAAUCUCACACUCCUCGACGAGAAGGAACGCAGACGUGCUGAAUACUACAACAAAGGCAAUCGGGAGGCGCUUGAGCGAGAGAAAGAGGUGUACAAGCGGGUCGGGCGCGAGUGCGAUGGAGUCGCAGAGUGCGUGGAUAUCCUCGACGAGGGAAUCCUCCUUGUUUGCUACAAGAAGGGCGAUCUCGAGCGAUAUAUCACGGAAGAGAAAGAGGUCGACGAAUCCAUCAAGACAACGUGGAUCUUGUCUGCAAUCAGCACUAUCCACCAUCUCCACCAUGUCAGCAAAGUGCUGGUAUACGAUAUUGCCCUUCGGAAUUUUCUGCUCACGGACGAUUUGUUGACGCUCAAGAUGAUAGAUUUCGGACAGGCCAGUGUUUUCCCACCGGACACGGAUAUCACGACAGCCAACGAUGAUGGCACGACUGUGCAGGUUGACAUCUUCCACCUGGGAUGCAUAAUAUACUCCAUCAUGUUGUGGCAGUCGUACCACAACGACCUUGCUCACCAUGACUGGGUGCCCCCCCCAAUCGAGGACUUGCCUAAGUUAGAUGGUCUUGGGCCUUGGGGCGAAAUUAUUAAAAAAUGCUGGUCUUGCCAGUAUCGAUCUUCCAAGGAGCUCCAUGAUGAGGUCCUCGCACUUUUUCAACCAUCGACACCUAAUAGUUUGUUUGCAAGAGGUUGGAUGUCAUUGAUCCUCGACCUUUUUUCAAGAAUGUUUUGGAGUUCCGGGUGAUUUAAUGACGGAGUUGGGUUUUGUCGUUAUCAUAUCGUCUCCUUGAAUGUGAUACCUGACCUGAUUUUUCUCUGUCAAAUUUUCUUUUUUCAACAUGCGCGGAGAGCUUGCCGCUUCCCUUUAAUAUUUACUUCCUACAAAUAUCCGUGGCUUCAAUGCUAUCUUAUGAUGGUGGAGAUCGUUAAUUUUCAUAAGGUCUCUCUUGAUCUGUCUUGACGUCCAGGUCUUUGAGUCGUCAUAGAAAUGUCCCGGUGGAAUAUAGAUACCUCCGCCAUAGGCUCUGGAAAAGCAGACAAAGCAUCCUAUAGCUUAUUUCUCCAGC